CGAGCGGCAGAGAGAGCGAUUGGCUGUGCGACCGCCCCUCCUGCGGGGCAGAGGCGUAGUGGGUUGGGGUGGGAGGUGAGCAGGCUGCAGGCUCACUGGGUACCGGCGCUGCAUCCCAGCCCCGAGCUGUACUAAUUCUUCUCCGGCUGCUCUGUGGCAGCCCGCGGCCAGGUGUGAGCAGAUCCAGCCUACGGCUCAGCUUUGUCCUUUCGAGGCGGCGGCCAGCGCCGAGCAAACAUGCAGCGACUCAGGGGCAUUUUGUUGUGUCUACUGCUGGCAACGGCUGUCCCCACCGCCCCGGCUCCGGCCCCGACGGCGACUUGGGCUCCAGGGGAGCCGGGCCCGGCUCUCAGCUACCCGCAGGAGGAAGCUACGCUCAAUGAGAUGUUCCGAGAGGUGGAGGAGCUGAUGGAAGACACGCAGCACAAACUGCGCAGCGCCGUGGAGGAGAUGGAGGCCGAAGAAGCAGCUGCUAGAACAUCCUCCGCGGCGAACCUAUCAAGUUUACCUGCCAACUAUCACAACGAGAGCAACACGGAGACCAGGGUCGGGAAUAACACCGUCCAUAUGCACGAAGAAAUCCACAAGAUCACCAAUAACCAGACCGGACAGAUGGUCUUUUCUGAGACAGUCAUUACAUCUGUAGGGGAUGAAGAAGGCAAGAGGAACCAUGAAUGUAUCAUUGAUGAGGACUGUGGGCCCACCAGGUACUGCCAGUUCUCCAGCUUCAAGUACACCUGCCAGCCAUGCCGGGAUCAGCAGAUGCUGUGUACCCGGGACAGUGAGUGCUGUGGAGACCAGCUGUGUGUCUGGGGUUCCUGCACCAAAAAGGCCACCAAAGGUAGCAAUGGGACCAUCUGUGACAACCAGAGGGAUUGCCAGCCUGGCCUGUGCUGUGCCUUCCAAAGAGACCUGCUGUUCCCUGUGUGCACAUUCCUGCCUGUGGAAGGGGAACUCUGCCAUGACCCUGCCAGCCAGCUGCUGGACCUCAUCACCUGGGAGCUGGAGCCUGAAGGUGCCUUGGACCGCUGCCCCUGUGCCAGUGGACUCCUCUGCCAGCCUCACAGCCACAGUCUGGUGUACGUGUGCAAGCCAGCCUUCGCUGAGAGUCAUGACCAAAAUGAGGAGAGUCUGCUGCCCAGGGGGGCCCCGGAUGAGUAUGAAGAUGGCUUCAUAGGGGAGGUGCGCCACGAGCUGGAGGACCUGGAGCGGAGCCUGGCCCAGGAAAUGGCCUUUGGGGAGCCUGGCCCUGCGGAGUCAUUGGGUGAAGAGGAGAUUUAGACCCUGACCCAGCUGAGCUGCUGGUAGAUGUGCGAUAGAAAUGGCUAAUUUAUUUCCCCAGGAGUGUCCCCUAGGUGUGGGGCUGGCCAGGCCUUCUCCACAGCUCCUUCCCAGUAGCUUUUCCUCUGGCUUGACGAGGUGCAGUGUAAGUACGUUUGUUCCAGCUGCCCUGCUGCUCUGGGGCUGGGAAAGACUGACAGGGUGGGUGAGGGUAGCGGUGAGCCACCCCACACCAUUGCCAGACACUCGGCUUUGUUCUUCAGGGACCGGAGAUUUGUCUGAAGGGAGAAGGUGGAAAGAGGUGAAGUCUGUCCAUGAUGGCUUUGGGGGACACACGGAGGAGGGUGUCUGCAACCCUGCAAACAUGGACCUGGCAAAAUGUAGCCAUUGCCUUUGUCCCAUGGCCCUUCCGUGGCCCGAGGCAGUGGCCGCACAGGAGCUGUGCUGCUCUUGUGGCCUCCCACACGUUCGUCCCUCCACCCUUCCAGUUCCUCCUACCUCACUGUCAGCAAAGCCCUUGACAUCCACACUCACUCCACUCGCCACCGCCGGGGAGCGGGCCUGAGUGGGUUUCUCUCCAAGCCCCGUGUUCUCUCACUCACCCCCACACCAGCCUCGAUACCACCAACAGUACUUCCAAAAGGAGGUCAGUGAAAUCCUUUUAUUUUAAUUUUUUACACAUUUGAGGCGUGCUUGGAACUAAGAUCAGGCCAGUUUGCACAUCUGUCCCUCUGAAGUUAGAAGCGUCAGUGUGGAGGCCAGUGGUAUGGACAUUGUCCUCUGCCAUCUGCUUUAAUAACUCUGAAAGUCAGUAAUUGGAGGGCAGUUUGUGGUAAUUAAUUCAUAGGAAGGACACUGGGUAAUUGUAGGGCCAGGGUUAUAAAUGAAAUUUGCAAAGUCGCUUAGCAACAACGGAAGGCCUUUCUCAAUCACACAGAAAUCCAAACCAAGCCAGGCUGUGUGAAGUAUGACUGUGAUGUCCAGACAGAAGGCUGGGCUGGGCGUCAGGCCUCAGAUGAUGGUUUCAGGUGCCAGGGACUGUUUCCAUCCUGUAUUCAUCCAGAGUUAUUAAAUUUUAAAGUUGCACACAAAUUGUAUAAGCAUGCUUUCUUCUGAGUUUUCAAUUAUGCAUAAACACAUGUGUUGCACUCAAAGAUCAUGCAUAAAUCACUUUGGCUACUUUGAUAA